UUCGCGUCAGAUCCGUCCAUACGUUCCAUUCAGAGGCAGUUUCCAUCAUUCCGCAGCGUCGCCUCCGCCGCCCUCUGCCCUCCGGCUCCACGCCAUUUCGGCCCCGCUUGACCGAUCCCUCCCGGCGCCGUCCCAUUGGAGUCCCUCGCCAGUGUUCUGUCCCCUUGUCCAGUGGUGGGAGCCAUCUGCCUCUUUGUAGCGUUCAAGUGAUCUUUUGUAAGAUUCCUGCUCAAUGUCAAAUGCGAAAGUGGUGCUUGAUCCUGCAUUUCAAGGAGCUGGCCAUAAACCAGGGUCAGAAAUAUGGAGAAUUGAAGAUUUUAAGCCAGUUCCUUUGCCAAAAUCAGAUUAUGGUAAAUUCUACUGUGGAGAUUCAUAUAUAGUUCUACAGACGACUUGUAACAAAGGAGGUGCUUAUCAUUUUGACAUCCACUUUUGGAUUGGGAAAGAUUCUAGCCAGGAUGAAGCUGGAACUGCAGCAAUCAAGACAGUUGAACUUGACACCAUGCUUGGGGGUCGUGCAGUACAGCACAGGGAACCACAAGGCUAUGAAUCUGAUAAAUUUCUAUCAUACUUUAAGCCGUGCAUCAUACCCUUGGAGGGAGGUUUUGCUUCUGGGUUUAAGACGCCAGAAGAGGAGAAGUUUGAAACACGGCUAUAUAUUUGCAAAGGGAAGAGAGCUAUCAGAGUUAAAGAGGUUCCCUUUGCUCGUUCAUCAUUGAACCAUGAUGAUGUCUUUAUCUUGGAUACUGAAAAGAAAAUAUGUCAGUUCAAUGGUGCUAACUCCAAUAUUCAAGAAAGAGCCAAAGCUUUGGAAGUGAUCCAACAUUUAAAGGAGAAGUACCAUGACGGAGUGUGUGAUGUUGCAAUUGUUGAUGAUGGAAAAUUGCAAGCAGAAUCAGAUUCAGGUGAAUUCUGGGUACUUUUUGGUGGUUUUGCACCAAUAGGGAAAAAGGCUAUAAGUGAUGAUGAUGUUGUUCUUGAAACUACACCACCAAAGCUCUACAGUAUCAGUAAUGGCCAAAUGAAGUUAGAAGAUACUGUUCUUACAAAAUCAAUUCUGGAAAACACCAAAUGCUUCUUGCUUGACUGUGGGUCUGAGCUGUUUGUAUGGGUUGGUCGGGUAACACAAGUAGAGGAUAGGAAAACCGCCAGUGUGGCAGUUGAGAAAUUCAUUAUUAAACAAAAUAGGCCAAAGACAACAAGAAUAACUCAAGUGAUUCAAGGUUAUGAGAAUCAGAUGUUCAAGUCUAAGUUUGAGUCAUGGCCAGUAAGUAAUGCGGUAGGGAAUGCUGGUGUGGAGGAAGGGCGAGGGAAAGUUGCAGCAUUAUUGAAGCAGAAGGGUGUCGAUGUCAAAGGAGCCUCAAAAAGCAGUGCUCCAGUAAAUGAUGAAGUUCCUCCUUUGCUCGAAAGCGGUGGAAAGCUUGAGGUUUGGUGUAUUAGUGGAAGUGCUAAGACUGUUCUUCCAAAGGAGGAACUUGGAAAAUUCUACAGCGGAGACUGUUAUGUUGUCCUCUACACAUAUCAUUCUGGUGACAAAAGAGAAGAGUUCUAUCUAACUUACUGGGUUGGGAAAGAUAGUGUACUGGAAGAUCAAGAGAUGGCUUUUCAAACAGCUAAUACAAUAUGGAAUUCGAUGAAAGGAAGACCUGUGCUGGGCCGUAUUUAUCAAGGGAAAGAGCCACCACAAUUUGUUGCUCUUUUCCAGCCAAUGGUUAUUCUGAAGGGUGGCAUCAGCUCUGGAUACAAGAAAUUUGUAGAACAACAGGGUCUAAUGGAUGAAACAUAUUCUGCUGAUGGCAUCGCUCUCAUUCGAAUUUCUGGAACAUCAGUUCAUAACAACAAAACACUUCAAGUUGACGCGGUCUCAACAUCCUUGAGUUCCACAGAUUGUUUUGUUUUGCAAUCUGGAAAGUCGAUGUUUACAUGGAUUGGCAAUUCAAGUUCUUUUGAACAACAACAAUGGGCUGCAAAAGUUGCUGAGUUUUUUAAGCCUGGUGUUGCUGUCAAACAUUGCAAGGAGGGAACCGAGAGCUCUGCUUUCUGGUCUGCUGUUGGUGGAAAGCAGAAUUAUACAAGCAGAAAUGCUGCACAAGAUGUUGUUAUAAGAGAUCCUCAUUUGUAUACCUUCACUUUUAGGAACGGGAAGCUGGAGGUUACUGAAGUUUUCAAUUUUUCACAAGAUGAUCUGUUGACAGAAGACAUGAUGAUACUUGAUACAUACUCUGAGGUCUUUAUUUGGAUGGGUCAGUGUGUGGAGACAAAAGAGAAACAGAAGGCAUUUGAAAUUGGCCAGAAAUACGUGGAACAUGCAGUGACCUUUGAAGGUAUUUCUCCUGAUGUGCCUCUCUAUAAAGUCAUUGAAGGGAAUGAACCUUGCUUCUUCAGGACAUACUUCUCCUGGGAUAACACACGAUCUGUGAUUCAUGGGAAUUCUUUUGAGAAGAAACUUUCAUUUCUUUUUGGAAUGCGUUCAGAGGGUGGACAUAAGAGCUCAGGUUAUGGUGGGCCAACUCAAAGGGCAUCAGCAUUGGCAGCUCUUUCAACUGCACUGAAUCCAUCUUCCCAAGGGAAACAGUCGAAUGUGAGGCCCGCAGGCUCAGGUGAUGGACCUACUCAGCGUGCGUCAGCAAUGGCUGCGUUGUCCUCUGCACUUAAUCCAUCAUCAAAACCCAGCAGUCCACAGCCACAAUCUCAUUCAGGUCAAGGUUCUCAAAGAGCCGCUGCUGUCGCUGCACUUUCCAAUGUUUUGACUGCUGAGGGAUCUCGAAGCCCCUGCAACAGUAGGCCGUCCCCAACAGCAGAUGCUGAGAAGACUGAAUUAGCUCUGUCGGGUGCUUCUCCUCAAUCUGGAGCAGGGGAGUCCUCAGAAAUUUUUACAGACAAAGAUACCCCAGGAGAUGGCCGAACAGAGCCUGAUGUCUCACAGGAACAAACUGCUAAUGAAAAUGGAGGGGAAACAACCUUUAGCUAUGACCGCUUGAUAUCGAAGUCCACCGACCCUGUUAGUGGAAUAGACUACAAACGGCGAGAGACAUAUUUAUCAGACAGCGAAUUCCAGAUCGUAUUCGGCAUGACUAAAGAGGAAUUCUACGAGCAGCCAAGGUGGAAGCAAGAGUUGCAGAAAAGAAAAUCCGAUCUUUUCUGAAGCACAGCUCCGAAUAAAGCCUUUUUGUGCUACAGAGGUUGCACACUCCUACUUUUCUCUUCACACGAUUGCUGUUGGUGCCACCGCACAGGAGUGUCCACGCUGUCCAGCGUUCUCAUCAUGUUCCACAGAUUAUCACCAGCAUCUUUCUCUGCUGUUUUUGUGAGUUGCCAGUUCACGUGUAUUUUUUUUCCUCAAUUUGGUACAAAUAGCAUUACUAGUAAGAUUUUGUAAGGUAAUGAUGUAUUGACACUAAAGCUCAAACUUCAGCUUCUAUUGCUCUGGUGUUAAAUCCCACCAAAGAAACGCCACUACUCUCUCAUCCCCCACCGUUUUCCCCCGUUUCCAGCGUCUUCGCGGCCUUCCAAAGCGUCUGCCACCGCCCUUUCGGCAGAUCCAGGCGGAGGCUCCGUCUGCCGAACAGAUCCGGUCCCAGGAGCGGUGGUGCACGAGAACAGCAACCUGAGGCGCAUCAGAUCAGAGAUCUCCAUGGCACCAUUCACUUCCCAUGCAGCCCUCCUUUGCAAGAUCCGAGAUGGGUCUCUUCGAAGUGGAAGUCUGGAUGCAGCUCGCCCUCUUUGCUGCUGCAUUCCAGCGCAGCGCCG